UCGCAGUACAUCACCAGUCUGUCCUAUCCUAAAAGUCAGGCCGGCCUGCUGGAGUAAAGUAGGCGACAAAGGUAAGCGGUUGCCUUUGAUUUUUCUGACCACCAUCCCACCUGGUUAGUUGGACGACCAGAUUUUUGGAUCAGGGAACAGUCACCCAGGGACCAUCUCCCGGACCCGCACAUGUCUGCCUACUAGGCACGUCUCUUGCGUUUCUGUUUGGCGCUUGAAGAUGUGGCAACUGAAAUUAGGGGAGGCGAAUGGGUAAAGGAUCACGAUCACGUGGGCAGCAUAUGGCGACAAAACCCACCUGUUCCCGUUCGUAUCUUCAUCUUCAUCCACAAAUCCCGUCACCCGCCCCUUUCCCUCCAACCCCCAGAAGAGAGAGAGAGAGAGAGAGAGAGAGAGAGAGAUUUGGGAUGGCGAGUAGUAGCAGCGACACACACCUACACGACCUGCCGGACGUGAUACUGUCCAACGUAUUCGCCCUAGUGACAUCGACCCGGAGUCGCAACGCCAUGUCCCUCGUCUGCACCAAAUGGCUCGCCCUUGAGCGUGCCACCCGCACCUCCCUCUCCCUCCGCGGCAACGUCCGCGACCUUUUCCUCAUCCCCACCUCCUUCAGCCAGGUCACCAACCUUGAUCUCUCCCUCCUCUCCCCCUGGGGCCAAUCCUUCCUCGACUCAUCGUCCGAUCCAGGGCUCCUCGCCCACCGGCUCGCCCAGGCCUUUCCUUCCCUCACCUCUCUCACCGUCUACGCCCGCACCCCUUCCACCCUCAAUUUCAUCGCCCCUCACUUCCCCUCCCUCCGCCACGCCAAGCUCGUCCGCUGGCACCAGCGCUCUGCCGCCCCCCUCGGCUCCGAUUUCCACCCUCUCUUCGCCUUCUGUCCUUCAAUCUCCACCCUUGAUCUCUCCCAUUUCUACUGCUGGACCGAAGAUCUCCCCCCUGCCCUCGAGGCCCACCCCUCUGCUGCCGCCUCCCUCACCCGCCUCGACCUCCUUACCCUCUCCUCCCCCGAUGGUUUCAAGUCCCACGAGCUCCUCGCCAUUUCCGCCUCCUGCCCCAACCUCCGCCACCUCCUCGCCACCUGCAUGUUUGAUCCCCGUUACGUCGAUUUCGUCGGCGACGACGCCCUCCUCGCCAUCGCCGCCAAAUGCCCCCUGCUAUCCCUCCUCCAUCUCGCCGACAAGUCAGCCCUGUCCGGCGCCCGCGCCGACCCUGAAGACGACGGCUUCACCCCUGAGGAUGCGAGGAUCAGCCGCACCACGCUCGAGGAAGUCUUCGCUGGGCUCCCACUGCUCGAGGAGCUGACCCUAGAUGUCUGCCAGAAUGUCAGGGAUGCCGGGCCUGCAUUGGAGACACUGGAUUCCAAGUGCCCGCAGCUGAAAUCUCUGGCUCUCGGGCAGUUUCAUGGGAUCUGCAGAGCAGAGGAAUGGCAGUUGGAUGGCGUCGCACUCUGCAAGAAUUUGGAAUUCCUGUCGAUCAAGAACUCAGCUGACCUGACGGAUUCAAGCCUGCUGGCCAUCUCUCGGGGCUGUCUUAAGCUGGCCAAAUUUGCCAUUCACGGCUGCAAGAACAUCACGGAGAUAGGGAUGAAGAGAUUCGCAGGCAUGCUCCGCCGGACCCUGGUUGAUGUGAGCAUCUCCUGCUGCAAGCAUCUGGAUGCGAACAGCUCGCUGCGGGCCCUCGAACCGAUCCGUGAUCGGAUUCAGCAUCUCCACAUUGACUGCAUCUGGGAUGGCUCCCAAGGGUCGGACGGAUUGAGGAAAGCCAUCCAUGGUUUCAAUCUCAUCGAAUCAGGCCCAUCCAGGCAGCCUGCUGGAUUCUUCGACUUCAUGGACACAAGGGAGAGCACCAGUGGAUGUUGCGAGGAUACAAAACAGAAGAAAUCCAGGUACUCCCCAGUGGCAGACUGUUCUAAUGAGAGUUGGAGCAAUGGCAGUGAGUUCUGGUGCAAGACAUGGAAACGGUUGCGUGACUUAUCCUUGUGGAUACCUGUUGGCGAACUGCUGACUCCCCUGCCAUUGGCAGGGCUGGAGAGCUGUCCCGAAUUGGAGGAGAUUCGGAUAAAGGUGGAAGGUGACUGCAGGAGCCGCCCAAAGCCGACGGAGCAGGCAUUUGGGCUGAGCGCCCUCGAUCAUUAUCGUUAUCCUAGGCUGUUCAAGAUGCAGCUGGACUGUGGAGACGCCAUCGGUUAUGCACUGACCGCUCCGAGCGGGCAUAUGGAUCUGAGCCUGUGGGAGAGGUUUUACCUGAGAGGGAUUGAGAUGCUAAACCUCAGUGAGCUCGACUAUUGGCCUCCCCAGGACAGGGAGGUGAACCAGAGGAGCUUGUCUCUUCCUGCAGCCGGGCUGCUUGCUGAAUGCGCCACACUGAGAAAGCUCUUCAUCCAUGGGACUGCCCAUGAACACUUCAUUAAGUUUCUACUCAGAAUCCCAAACCUCAGGGAUGUGCAGCUGAGGGAAGACUAUUACCCAGCGCCAGACAACGACACAAGUACGGAGAUGCGGGUGGAUUCGUGCAGUCGAUUCGAGGAUGAUCUGAACAGACGGCAGAUACCUGACUGAAUCCAAAAAUAAAUGGUGCUUCCAACUCAAUUCUUCACCUUUCUCCUCAUACUUUGUUGGAGUUACAUGCGGUGAGGUACACCAAUUUUGAACUGAUGGGAGCUUGAGCUUGGUUUUUAAGUUGCAGGGGAUUUUCUCAUGGUGUCCUUUUUUAGUUUGAACAUAGUCCUCAACAGUUAUAAUGAUCCACCUUUCUUUUGUUUUAUUACCUUGUUUUCAAGAUUGCUUUCUUAAUGCUGCAAAUCUCAUGGCAAAUUCGAGCA